AUGCAGGGAAGAGACGAACAUCUGUCCAACGAAAACUUCUACGAAAACUUCACCACUAGGUCCGAGUACGACAACUCUGACACCGCAAGCAACGUCCCAUACCAUACCCAGCCCGAUGAGGAAAUGGAGGAGGAUACAUCCCCCAACGAACACCGCAUCACAAAAGCUGUCGUAGCCCCUGCGCAUUAUGCAGCUCCUGACGGCCAAGAACCAAUUGACCCGGGCCUCGAACAACGUGUCCACACCAGUUACAGACGAGCAGGCUCGUCCCUCUCGAACCGUAUUACCACAACAAUCACAGACCAAGGCCCAAGCAAAGGCCCACGUACCAACCCGGCCUUCGAGUCACAACAUGUAUAUGAUGACCCGAAGACCCCUCAACGAAGGAAAGUACAUGGCAACCCCAGUGGAACCCUCCCCCCACCGUCGCCACCGUCAUCUCCCACCCCAAAUGGCGCACCUCGUUACUCCCAACCGUGGGGUCAGCCAGUUGGUCCACUCAUCAGCUACCAACAGGAUGUCAACAUGGGGAACUCCUCCAAUAGCGUAAACGAAAAUCCAACCAUCACAGCCAACAGUCAAGGUCCACAACCCUCCUCCAACACGUUAACUUCACCUCCAUUCACCCUUACACCCCGUCAGUUUGAUACAACGCCGGAAGACUUCAGAGCCAGAGGAAUCCCAACCGCCAACAGAAACCCACACCGCGACCUAACCCCUCCCGACUAUGGCAGUCUCCCAGUAGACUACCUUACCGCUCUAGGCGGCACCACACGUAUCGCGGAACGCUUCCCGGCCUUUGUCUGCGCAAAAGAACGCUGGAGGAAGAAUAUCAGUCCUGCUAUGCUCCAUGCCGUUGACCAAGACAAAGGCAGGUGGAUAGCCUGCAUCAUACUCGACGGUGGAACCCUGCAACGUAUCGCAAACGUUGGUCUGGAACAAUUCCUGAGGGACAGGUUCAAAGGCUUCCCUAACAUGGAAGCGGGCGACGUCAAAAUCAUGGUAGCCGAACCUCGCUGCAGUUACCUUGCCGCCAACAACAAACAUGCACCACCACGCGUCAUAUUCGCGUGGAUUGACAAUGUGAUGGCACGAAACAUUAUCCUCAAUCAGCAAACCCAUGCGAUCUCCCCAAUACACUCUUUCCAUGCUAUACCUGUCACCUUUGACGUUCCUAGCUGGUACAUUGGCAACUUUGUGCCGAAUAUUAAAGACACAGCCCCCUGGGAUCUGAUAACAAUUCUCCGAUUCGCAAUCAGCGAGACACUCUUCCUUGAUGCCCGUUUCAGAAGCUUCGUCGCCCAAGCUACCCUGAACAACCCGAAAUCGCUUGACGAACGAGUCAUGGAUGCAGUCAAAGGGAUCGACGCUCGCCUAUACCAACCAGACAAUGACAAUGAAGCAGUCGAAUUCCCUGUGUACAUUGCACCAAUCACCCGCGACUACAGACUGAGCCAGGACAUCAAAGACUACAUACGGUUUCGCCAAUCGUCAUACAACUUCAAAGAAUUUACGUUCCGCCUAUCCCAACUACACCAUAGGAACCACUUAGGCCCUCUCUUCUGCACAUUGUGCAUCUCCGACACACAUGCUCGCCACCGCUGCCCUCUAGCGAUUGUCAAUGAUUGGCAAGGUGCCAAAAGGGAUGACCGAAUUGGUGACCUUCUGGCGAACACAGGUAUCAAUGUUACUACCCAAUGGAACCGAGCGUACUCUCUAGCAGUACCACAAGGAAGCCCGAUCCCACCUGACGGCUACGAAUCCGAUGAAAUGAUCUCUCCCCAAAACCGCAACCCGCAACACUACUACCCCCCAGCCUCACUCCGUAACCGUACGGCCAACACAUACCAAGUGAUCGGAACUCCUCACAUGAACUACCCCCGUGGACGUGGUCAAGGUAGAGGUGCCAGACGCGGCCGUGGACGUGGCCGAGGUGGCCGUGGAAGAGGCCUGUAA